GUUUCGCAAAUUGUCGGCGUAGUAUCUGUGUAGUGUGUUUACGAGGCUUCCUCUUCUUCACUUCUGUCUUCACUGUGUGCCGGUUGAGAGUGCACAAAACUCCUCUUGCAUAGCAGCUUGCCAUACUAUACAAAUAUGGAGCCAGAUCAUGCUUAGAUCGACUGCUGGAGUAUCAUAAACAGUGAAAAUGGUGGAGCACGGUGCGGUGUCGCUGGAAGAAGCCACCCGCUUCAAGGGAAAGCUUCACUUGUACAAGGAUGCCAAGCGGAGACUGCUUCAGCGCUGGUAUUUGGACUGCAGCGUAGCCGUGACGGUGGAGGCCUGCAAAGAGGGAUGGCCCGACGAGCUGCUGGACAUCCUGCCGGCGGCAUUCGACUUCUUGCAGCAACACGGCCUUAUCAACUUCGGUGUCUGCAAGGCCCCCGAGGCCGCGCCUGCGCCAGAGCCCGCUGAUGCUGGCAGCAAGGACGUGGAGAUGGCUGGUGGCGAGAAAGAGGGGACCGCCGCCGCCGGUGCUGUAAAGACAGAGGCAGAGGCAGGCGAGAAGCAAGCUGACGAGGCGCAGGCGGCAGCAGCAGCAGAGGGCGCAAAGGGCGAGGAAGCUGAGGGGGUUAGCGCCAAGCCCCCCGGCAAGGCGGACAUUGUAAAGCGGCUCUAUGACGUCCUCCGCACUGCCGACUUCGAGACCAUGACGGAAAAGAAGAUCCGGGCCCAGCUGGAGUCGGACCUGGGUGUGGAGCCCGGCUUCAUGAACAAGUACAAGGCGCUGGUGCGCAAGCACGUGAUGCAUGUGGUGGACAACCUGGACCGCCGCGACAGCCUGGAGCCGCUGCCGGCCAGCGACGACGAGGAGGGGGGCGAGGAGGGAGCGCAGGAGCAGGAGGCGGACAAGGGAGGGAAGAGGGGAGGACAGGCAGCCAAGCAGGCGGCAGGCAGAAAGGGGGAGGCAGGCGGGAAGGGCAGGGGCGGCAAGGAGAAGGAGGAGGAGGAGGCGGAGCCGCAGGGCCCGCCGCAUGUGGUGGUGGUGGGCGGCGGGCUGGCAGGCCUGGCGGCGGCGAAUGUGCUGCUGCGCAAUGGGCUGCGCGUGACGCUGUUGGAGGCGGCGGAGCGGCUGGGCGGCCGCAUGGCAGCGCUGUGUGAGGAGGAGGAGAAGGCGGCGGCGGCGGCGGCGGCGGCGGCUGAGAAGGAGCAGGAGGAGGUGGCGGAGAAGGUGGCGGCGGCGCUGGCGUUUGGGCCUGUGGCGGCGGAGGUGCCGCUGCCGCCGGCUGCAGCGGAGGCGUCUGCCGGCGAGGGGGAAGCGCUGGCGGCGCUGGCGGCGGCGUCCUGGCCGGACGGCGCCGUCGCCCUGCACACGCUGUGCCGCCAGCUGGGCAUUCGGCCGGCGCCGCUGCCCGCCGCCGCCGCCGCUGUCCGCCCGCGCCUGCUGGUGGCGGCGGCGGCGCCGGCGGCAGAGGCUACUGGUGCCGAGGCGGCGGAGGGCGAGGGCGGCAAGGGCGGCCCGGCGGUGCAGGAGGUGCCGGCGGAUGUGGCGGACGAGGCGGAGUGCCUGCUGCUGGAGCUGCUGGCGCACCUGCGCGCCCACAUCGACUCGCCUGACCACCAGCGCCUGCACCAGGCCGGCAAGGGCGGAGGCAGCAGCGGCAGUAGCGGCGCUAGCACCGCCGCCGGCAGUAGCGCCGGCGAGGGCGAGGACGGGCACCUGGGCGCGCCGCCGUCGCUGGGCGCGGAGCUGGAAGCAGCGCUGGCGCGGCUGCUGGGGCCGGCGGCGGCGGCGGUUAAGGUGGCGCCGAAGGCGGCGCCAGCCGCGAACGGCGGCGGCGCCAGCGGCGCCGCUGCCGCGGUGAAGGCGGAGGGUGGGGCGGCGGUGCGCAAGGGCGAGAAGCGCUCUGCUCCGGAGGCGCCGGAGGAAGCGGAGGAGAAGGAGGCAAAACGUGGGCGCGCUGACGACGGCGCAGCACGGCACACUGGCGGGGCCGAGGGCGAGAGCAAGGCGGCGGAGGCUGGGGAGGGGGAUGAGGAAGAGAAGGAGCAGGUUAAGGAGAAGGACGAAGCGCAGGCAGCGGGCGCGGUCGGCGCUGAUGUCAAGAUGGAGGAGGUUGCUGCUACUGGCGCCACGGAGGUUAAGCAGGAGCAGGAGAAACGGCCGGAGCUUGAGCCGGAGUCGGUGCCUAAGCUGGAGCCGGAGCCUAAGCUGGAGGCUGGCAGCGAGCCCGCUGUGAAGGAGGAGCAGCAGCAGCAGCAGCAGAAGCAGGGCGGCGAGAAUAAGGAGGUGGAGGUGGCGGCGACGGAGGUGCCGAAGGGCCGGCAGGUCCGCAAGGAGGUGCUGGCGGCUCUGCGCUCGCACCUGCUGCCGCUGCUGGAGCUGGGCCUGGGCGCGCCGCUGGCCGCCCUGUCGCCCUCGGCGCUGCGGCUGCUGCCGCGCCGCCUGCCAGGCAUACGCCGCCCGCUCCUCACGCCCACAGUCGCGCCGCCAGCCCUGCCCGCAGUCCGCAAGGGCGCGGAGGGUAUGGAGGCGGAGGGUAUGGCGGAGGGUAUGGCGGAGGGUGCGGAGGCGGAGGGCGUGGAGGUGGAGGCGGGGCCGGGCCGGGGUGUGUUGGACGCGCGGGCGUUGCGGCGGCUGGUGGCUGGGCUGGCGGGCGGCGUGGAGGCGGUGCUGGGGGCGCGUGUGACGUCUGUGGCGGUCACCUCGGACGGCGUCAAGGUGUCCACGCAGAGAGCCGGCGUCUUCUCCGCCGCAGCCGCGGUGUUGGCAGUGCCGCACGCCGCACUGCAGCGACCGCUGGGCGCCUCUCGCGCCGGCGUCAUUGACAUACAGCCGCCGCCGCCCAGCGCCCGCGCCACCGCCGCCGCACGCGUCGGCGGCGGCUGCGCCGUCGCCGUCAGCCUCGACGCCGCGGCGGCGGCGCCGUCUUUGGAAGGGGAUGGGGUAGUGGUGGUGGUGGCAGCGGACGCGGGGGCGGGGGCGGCUGCGCCGCCGCCGCUGGGCUUUGUGCUGUGCUCCAUGCCGGCGGCGGAGCAGGCGGGUGGUGGCGGUGAUGGCGGCGGCGGCGGCGGCCUUGUUCGGGCACACGUUCUGGCGGCGGCGGCGCCGCGGGCCUGGGCGCUGACGGACGCCGAGCUACAAGCCGCCGCGGCAGCGGCGCUCCGCGCCGCCGGAGGCGGCGGCGCAGCCGCCGCCGCUGCGGCGGCGGACGCCGGCGGGGCCGCCGUUGCGCGCUUCGGCUGGGCGCCUGCGGGUGCUGCUGGUGCUGCGGGUGCUGCUGGUGCUGCGGAUGGUGGUGGUGCGGGUGCGGGUGCGGGUGCGGGUCUGGUGGGCUGCCGGGCGUUUCUGGCGGCGCCGUCUGCGGCCCCGGGGGCGGAGGUGCGCGACAUGAGGCUGCUGGCGCUGCCGCACCGGGGCCGAGUGUUCUUCGCGGGCGAGCACACCGCUCUGGACCAGCUGGCAUCCUCCGGCCUGGUGUGCGCCCUGCUGGCCAGCGGCGUCCGAGAGGCGGCCCGCGCGCUCAAAGCCCUCAAACCCGCCGCCCCGCCCGCCUCCUCCCAAGCCGCUGACAAGGCCGCCAGCGGAGAUAGCAAGAAGGCGAAGGCCAAGGACGGCAAGGGAAAAGCGGCGGAGCAGGAGGCGGCGGCGGCGGCGUCCCUGGAGGUGGGCGAUGAGGAGUCGCAUGAGGAGCUGGUGGCGGCGGCGGCGGCCGCGGCGGCGGCGGCGGCCAAGGCGGUGCGGGACGCCAAGGCGGCGGCGACCAAGGCGGCGAAGGAGGCGGCGGCGGGCGCGAAGAAGAAGGGCCGCGUGCAGGUGUUACGCGCGGACAACGACGAGGAGGAGGAGGAGGACGAGGAGGAUGAGGUGGUAGCCGGCGGGCAGGCCGCCAAGCGGCGCAAGCAGGCCGCGGCCAACGCCAGGGCCGCCGCCGCCGCCGCAAAGAGCAAAAAGGAAAGCAAGAAGGACAAGGAAAAGGAGGAAAAGAAGAAUCGGGGCGGCGAGGAGGAGCUUGAGGAUGACUUGGAAGGAUUGAGCGAGGGCGGCGGCGGCGAGGAGGAUGAGGAUGAGAGCGAGGGCGGGGAGGAGGGCUCGGAUCAGGAGAAGGGCGCCAAGCAUAAAGGCAAGGGCGGCAAGGCCGCCGGCGCAGCUCGCGGCGGCAAGGGCAAGAACAAGGGCGACAAGCGCAAGCGCGGCGGCGGCGGCAGCGAGGAGGGGGAGGACGAGGACGAGGAGGAGGAGGGCGACGAAGAGGGCGAGGGCAAGGCCGGGAAGGGCGGCAAGGGCGGCGGCGGCAAGGGUGGCGACAAGGGCGGCGGAAAGAAGCGUGGCGAGGGCGGCAGCGCGCUGACCAAGGAGCAGCGGGAGGCGGAGGAGCUGGCGCACCAGCUGGCGGACAAGCAGCGCAAGGCGGCCGCACUGGCCAAGCUGCAGGCGGAGCGCAAGGACGUCAAGACCGUGUACAAGGCGUUCAUGGCGGCGGGGGCAGGCAACCUGGGCCCCCUGCGCGAGCAGAUGUCAGGCUGUGCGGGCCUGGACGCAAAGCAGGUGCUGCUGCAGGCGCUACAGGGCGCCUCCGCCGCGGUGCUGCAGCUGCUGGGCCAGGACCCGCAGGCUCUGGGCUGGCUGCACGAGUGGAUGCAGGAGCUGCUGGACGACUCCAGUGCCGAGCACCUGCUGCUGGCCGAGCUGCGCCUGUGCGAGCGACUGCCGCUGCCGCCCGACGCCCUGCUCGCCGCCUCGCGCGCCCUGGACGCAGCAGCAGCCGCGGAGCGAGCCAAAGAAGCAGCAGCCGACGAGGACGCCGUUAGCGCCCUGCCGGAUAAGGAUUCCGAGGAUGAGGAGGGCGGUGUGGCGGCGGCUCCGCCGCCGCCGCCUUCGGCGGCGGCGGCCGCGGCGGCGGCGGCUGGCGCCGCCGCUGCCGCGGCGGCGGCGACGUGUGAGGCGGUGGGGUGCGGGCGGCCGGUGCGGCUGCUGCUGGAGGUGGUGCGGGGGCGGUGCGCGGGGCACCGGAGCAAGGAGGUCAAGCGGCAGGCAGGGCAGGUGGCGGCGGCAUGGGAGCGGCGAGCCGCGCUGGCGAGGGGCGCGCCCGCGGUGGCGGCGGCGGCAGCUGCGGCGGCAGCCGGCGGCGGGGCCGGUGGCGGCGCUGGGGGCGCGCCGGCACGGCCCACGUUUGACCCUCGCAAUCUCGUGGCUCUGCGCAAGACGCCGCCGCCAGCAACCGCCUCUGCGGCGGCGGCGGCGGCGGCGGCUGGCGGCACGGCGCAGGGGCCGCCACGCCUUGCACGGCCACAGGCGCCGCAGCAGCAACAAAACGGCGCGUCCGACUCCCGCGGGGGGCCGGCGGCCUCCCAGCCGGCACCGGCGGCGGCUUUGGAUCCAGAGGUUGAGGCGCGGGUGGCGGCGGCGCGGGCGGCGGCGGAGGCGGCGCGGCAGGAGGCAGCGCUGGCGGCGGCGCGGCGCGCUGAAGUGCUGGAGUCGCACGCCGCCGCGGCAGCCGAGGCGGGCCGGGCCGCGGGCGGCGGCGCGGCGCUUCCGGAGAUCUCCACGUUUGAGGACUACAAACGCGUUGAGCGUGGCGGCGGCGACAGGGGCGGCGACAGGGGCGGCGGCGGCGAGAAGGGCGGCGACAGGGCCAGCGGCGGCGGCAAGCACCACCACCGCGGGGAGCAGCGGGAGAAGGAGAAGGAGGGCAAGCGCGGCGCUUCAGGCGCCGACGACCUGGGCGCCAUGCGGGCCGAGGUGGAGCAGCACGUCAAGGCACUGCUCAAGCGGCACCACAAGUCGGGCGCCAUCACCGCCUCCGCCUACCGCCUCAUCCUGGACAAGGCCGUGUCCAAGGUGGGUGAGACGCUGGAGGCGGAGCUGGCGGCGGGCGGCGGCGGCCGCACCCGCCCCGGCGACCUGCUGGGGCCCAAGCGGCGGGAGAAGAUCGGGCGGCUUGUGGAGCAGUACGUGGCCAAGAUGGGCAGCAGCGGAGGAGCUGGGGGAGGAGGAGGAGGAGGUGGUGGUGGUGGUGGUGGUGGUGGUGGUGGUGGUGGUGGGAGUGGAAGUGGGCGGGAGAAGGGCGCGAGUGGGCCGGCCGCGGGAGUAGAGGCGGGCGCGGCGGCAGGCGGACCGCUGCCCGGCCCGCCGCCACCGCAGCAGCAACAACAGCAGCCGCAGCAGCAACAACAACAACAGCAGUUGCCGCCGCCGCCCAUGCAGCAGCAGCAGAUGCAGCAGCAGCAGCAGCAGCAGCAACAACAAAUGCAGAUGCAGAUGGCUGCGAUGCCGCCGCCGCCGGCAAUGAUGGCGGCGGCCGCGGCGAUGGCAAUGAGCAUGGGCAUUGGCAUGGGCAUGGGCAUUCCCGGCGUAAGCCCGAUGGGCAUGGGCGGAUUGGCAGGGCUGGCACCCAUGGGUGCGCCAGGCAUGCCAUCGAUGGGGAUGAUGCCGCCCGGUCUCGGGUUAGGAGGGACCGCGCCGCCGCCGCCGCCGCCAGGACCGCCGCCGCCGGGACCGCCGCCGAGGCCGCCGCCAGGACCGCCGCCGGGAGCGCCGCCGCCAGGGCCGCCGCCGGGACCGCCGCCGCCACCGCCGCCGCCGGGUCCGCCGGGGCUGGGGUGAGCGUGUCAUCGGCGGCAUGUGACAUGGCGAUGGCGGGGUGCAGGGGUCACAUUUGGAAGGGGCGACUGGUAGUGGCUUGCCAAGCAGGGGCUCGGCGUGGAGAGGGCGGUGCGGGGCUUUGGGAUCUUGGUGGCUGGUGUGGGCUGACGCGUUUGGCAGUGCGUGGCUGCGCGCCCCUGUGCCUGCGCAUCGCGCCUUUGGUCUGUACUGGGCUGGACUCGACUGGACUGGUCUGGACUGGAUCGGACUGGACUGGUCCGGUCUGGUCACUGAUGCCAUACUGUGUGGUGUGAGGGUCGCGGCAGCGUGAUUGGGUGUGAUCGGGGGUUGCAAGGCCGUGAGGUGACAGGAGUGUGUUGCCCUGGGGGGGGCAAUGGUCUGGGGGGGCAAGGGCCGCGCGCCGUGACAGCGUGACUGCCUCGCGCUGUGUUUUGAGCCACUUGCUAUGCAAGGAGAGCCACAAGUAGGGCAUGGUGGUCUAGGGAGGAUGCUGCUUUUACACUAUGGUCCGUCAGCCCAUGCAACAUGGAAUGCAAUAUGCUGGCGAGGUCGUUCGAGUGUGGGGCUCCUGUCAAUGCUGUAUCACGGCACCACGCAGACAUACCAUACGGCACCACAGCAGUGUGCGGGGCAGUGUGCGGCGGGGCCUGGUGUAAGUGCACCACAGA